CCUUUUUUCAGGGUUUAGUGGAGGAGCAAAAGGUUGAUUCCUUCAAUGCGCCAUACUAUGCACCGUGCCCGGAGGAAGUCAGGGCAGAGACAGAAAAGGAAGGGUCAUUUGUGAUUGAUCGCCUUGAAGCCUUUCAAAUUGAUUGGGAUGGAGGAGGCAGGGAGGUGUUUGAAGCAGCAGUGGCAGCACAGCGAGUGGCGAAGACCAUCAGAGCGGUGGUGGAAUCGAUGCUGCAAGCUCACUUUGGGAAGGAUAUAAUGGAUGAUUUAUUCCGAAGGUUUCAAGAGCUGGUUGAGGAUCACCUGUCCAAGACUAGAGCCUACUACGUUAAUUUGGUAAUUUCCAUGAUUAAAAAGUGAUAAACCAAUUAACAAAUUAGAAAUUGUUGCAGACAAAGAGCAUGAUGCGAUCUGAUCAAAAUCCUUGUAACAUCUGUCAGCUACAAUGUAAAAGUUUCUUGGGACUAUUUUCAAUUCAAAGUUCUAUUUCUAAUAGUAGUAUUUUGUUGCCAACAAAUUAAAUCGUUGAAACUUCAAAGGCUUUAUACAACUUUGUGCUUGCAGUACAAACCUCACUAUAUUGCUGCUGGUUCUCUAUUCCUUGCUGCCAAAUUUCAAAAAGUGAAGCUCCCGAUGGAGAAAGGAAAGGUGUGGUGGUGGGAAUUUGAUAUUUCACCCAAACAAUUAGAAGAGGUUAUCCAGCAGAUGCUCAAGCUGUUGGAGCAAGACAGAAAACAAGGUGUGACAUCUGCAAAUAGGAGGGCUACUCAAAUUGCUUCAGCUAGAAAGACAAGCAGCUUCCAUAGCCUUCAACCAUGCAUGUCAAGUGGAUCGAAUCCUAGGUGGCAUUCUAGCAAUGGAGUUGUGAGUGAUGAACUUGGCAAAUCACUGGGCAAUGAUGGCAGGCAACCAUGUGUGAAAGAUGCUUUACCUAGUCAAACAAGUGAUAGUGGCACAAGUGCUGUUCUUGAGGACUGUGAUGAUGAGAGUCACCCAAGAACAGAGAAAUCUGCCCAGAACCACCACUGUCGGAUUGUUUCAUCUCGGGCCCGUGAUCAUAGGCAAGUUGAAGUGAAAAAGGUUUUAUCAUGUCAAGCACGGGAUGGUGCUACAAAUGGUAGUACUGUUGAGGAUAGUAAAGGUGAUAGCAAGCUAAUAACAGCAAUAUCUGAUCCGGGCACAAACAUGAAGAAUUUUUCUGUUCGUCAUACCUCUAGUAAGAUCAAUGCUUGCCAGAUUGGAGAGACUUUGAAGAAGAGGAAAGGAGUGUCAGAUAGAUCUGGAAACCGUCCAUUAGGAGAAGCAAAGAAGAGAGUUUUAAGACUCUGAUUUCGACGUCUCCAUUGGUAGGCACUGUACUGUACUGUACUGUACAUUUCCUGCUUAUCAUGCUACACUAAAGUGAUCAUUGGCAGGGAUAUAGAGUAUUCUUUCAACUGUAUUAUGUAGUUAAAACAGGCUUUACGUGAUUCUGGGGUUCCAAUAUUAAUACGACCAUAAUCAUAUCAUUUGUCGAUUUAGCUUACGGUGUAAUUAUUCCUUUAACAUCUUGGUGAUACAUAGGCUUGUAUGUUAUGUUGAUUUUAUACUUUGGAUCAUUGAUGUAGAAUGGCCACAUUUUUUCUGGUCCAGAGGAUGUAAAAUUAAGUUUUGUAAAACAAAUUGCAUUUAUAUUAGUAAUACAAUUGAAGUGUUGGU